UUCCCAUUCCCCUGUGUACAGCUCGUUCUUGUCUGCAUGCGUUUUCACCACUGGUGGGUCUGGACACGACUGUCUUAGCCCACAGCCAUAUGUAUUAUAAUAGGUUGCCUUAUGGCGACCUUGACAGCCAUCUGUGUGGGAGGGCGGGUGUCCGGGGUGGGGGUCGGCUCUGAGAGGGGAAACCUUCACACCCAGCGAGGAGAUGACACCAGCCAGGAUGACAGCAACGAUGCACCACUCAGCAAGGAAUCCUCCCAAAGAUUGACAGUCAGGGCACCAACUGUCUUUGCCCGAUAGAGGACGCACCCUCGCGAGACUUGGGUGCAGCUCUGGCGGGGGAGUCCGAGAAGCCUUUCGGAAUUGGGGGAAGGGAAACUGUGAUCAUCUGUGGCGCAAUCAUUGCGCGAGAUUGGGCCACGGUCGCCGGGAGCCGCGGUGAGAGAUCUCGCGAUAGUUCGUGCUUUCCAGUCUGGAACCCGGGGCAGUUUCUCGCGAGAGCCCGUGCUUGCGGCUCCGGGAGACCCCGGGUGUUUGUGUGUGUGUAUGUGUUGGUGACUGUGAGUACGGAGGAGCAGCGGCCGCCAUUUCAGGGAGCUAGCCGACGCUGUCGCAGGGGUGGAUCCUGAGCUGCCGAAGCCGCUGCCCUGCUCUCCGUCGCGGGCUCCUUUAAUCCCAUUGUUUCUUUUAGAUUCGCUUGGGCCUAGACGCCCUCGGGGCCCGAUAUUCGGGUUGGGCGGUACCGCGGCCUGGGCCUAGUGGCUUAACAGUAGCGACAGCAGCAGCGGCGGCGGCGGCGGCAGCCGACUUCCCGUGGCGAGCACAGGCGCGCGGAAGCCCGCACAGGCGAGUAGAGAAAAUGGCAGACGAUAUUGAUAUUGAAGCCAUGCUUGAGGCCCCUUACAAGAAGACUUGCCUAACGAUAUCUCACCUCUACUCCCAUGAAUUCACCUUUGAUUCCAGUGUGAACUGUCAAUCAUAAGGUAGUAAUUGAGUGACUUAUCGCUGUACCGUGGUCCCCUAGGUAAAAUGACUCAACUAAGAAUUACCAGCUCCAGUUUGGUAUAGCAAAAAGGUGAAUGUAGUGGUUUGGGAAAACUGCAGGGGUCCAAGAAUAAUAAAUUACAACCAGUCUCUGGCAAGUAAAUCUUAGAAGUCUUGAAAGAAGAAAUGGGUGAGAUUUAAAUUUUAUUUUAUAUAAAUAGAUAUAAGACUGGUGAUAGUAAACCUGAAUACAGGCAGGUAUUGAUCUGCUUUUCAGUUAAUAAUUAUUAAGAUUCUUGGAUCCCUGAAUAGAAAUUGGCAAAAAAGAGGAAAAAAAACCAAGAAAAAGAACAGAAGAGAGAAAAGAAAAAAAGCAAGAGACAGUAUCACAGCUUAGAGUCACUUGAUGACUGUUUUACUGCUCUCCAUAGUGUUUAUUUUUAAUUAGGCCCUGCCAUAGCUUUUCACACUCAAAACUAGAAAGGAAGUAUUUUGGCCAGUAAUACAAUAUGACCCAUUUCGGUAUCACAGUAAAAGUCAGCACUCUUCAUUCUUUGACCAGUUGGUGGUGAAAAUAGCAGUGUGCAUGCAUGCAUUGUCACUGGUGUCUCAGACCUUAAGCCUGGUAACUUAGAGAUCCUACUAUUGGUGAUGUGUUCAAACUGUGGAAUAAAAACAUUGCGCUUAAACCGUUUAUAAAUAAUACAUUUGUCUUGGAGUGUAGCACGACCAUGUGGUGCCUUUUGGAUGAAUUCUGAUAGCUUUAAAUAGUGUAAUUUUGUAAUGCUAGACUCUUGAAGCCAUACUUUCUGUUUUAAUGUUUCUUGUCUUAGUUUAACUUGGAUAUAAUUCCAUGUAAACAGGUAUGGAAGUAGGAAAUGUUUAGGCUGGACUGGUGGAUUAUUAAUUAACUUUUCUUGGGUUCUUGGGAGUCAACAUUACUAAAGCAGUGUGAAUCCCUGUUUGCUUCAGGGCGAGAUGUGUGACAGAGGUGGCAUCAAGCUCUUACAGUCCCAACCCUCCAACGGAAAUGGGCGAAGAUCUCAGGAAUGGCAUCGGUCACAGGAAAUCGAUAGUGGCUGGCUGCUAGCAUGGCCACUUGGGGCUUAGGCAGAAAUAGAGCCAUGGUACCGACAAAAGGGACAAUAGCACAUGGAAUAAAACUCAAAAUGACUUCAUGUUUCAUAGAAAUCUUUAACCACUUCAACAUUGUAAUUCCGGAUGACUUAUUUAAUACUUAAACAAUGUAAGAAAGUAAAAUAUAACAUAUUAAAUGUGGAAAGAUUUUAAUUUUUGUUUCUUGAUGACUUAAUUAUUAGCAACAAAGUGGUUAAACGUAUACCAUCUAAAUUUUAUAGCCUUCCAUGUUAAAGUAAAUAAGUAAUUAGUUUUAAAAUUGUCUUGUAUUUUCUUAUUCCUAUUCCCUUUACCCUUUGACAACUUGAAAUGUUACCACUUCGUCCUCAUGAUGUUCUUCUAUCAACCUUGCUUAGGAUGAGAACAAGUUGAACAGUGCUAACGGCCAUGAAGAACGUAGCAAAAAAGCUCAAAGUGCUUCAUAAUAACUACCUCAGUCAUCCUCACAAGAACUUUGUUAGAAUACUUUGCAUUUAAAAUUUAGAUCUUCUUACAUGGAAGAGGUCAAAUCCAGUUAUAGCAAAACACCUUUACAGCAGAGGCCAUAUAACCAAAAAGUCCAAAGGCCCAGGGGACCAUUUACUUCAAUGAUGUUCAGUACAAAAUUCCACUGCCACUAAAGACUUGGGAAAGUCCCAUUUAAGUUGUAACAGGAUUUGACUAUUAGGAUGGAAUUUAUGACCAUUUCUUUAGUUGAAAAAUGUUUUCUAAUGCUCGAAUUUGUUCUAAGUAUGUUGGUUUCUUGUAACAAUCUUAUCUGGGCUUUUAUAUGGAAGAUUGUAUUUUCUGAUUUCAAAGUAUGUUGUCUAUUUACCUAUCUUGGGUUGCCUUCAGAUGUGGGUGGGCAUUUGCUUACGAAAAGUCUGGAAAGACAUUGAGUAAAAAUUAGCUUUUUUUUUUUUUUAACUUUUGGAAUAAGGUUGGGGGGGCCUAUGAGAGGUAAUUAUAGGCAGAUCGACUCUGCUAUCGGCCAUCUUGGAGCAGAGCAACACUUACUGUCUCAUUUUUUGGGGGAAAUGGAAUUAAUUUUAACCUGAUCCCCUAAUUUGAAGUAAUGUAGAAGACAUGGUUUUAGCCAUCUCAGAAUUCUUUAGUCCUAAGAAGUAGUGUCAGGGUUUAAAACAUCAGAGUUGGAAUGUUAAUUGUUGCCCUUCCUGAGCAUUGGAGUUGCUGUGACUACUAUAUAAGUAAUGAGUGUAGCCUAAUUUUCUGUCAUGUGCUACCUAGCAUAUUUCUGACAGUCAGGUGGAUUAUCUUGAAAUUUUAGACAAAGUUUCUGCCUCCUUGGAAAGCUCUCCAUCUCCUUGUGAUUGGAGUGUGGGUUUCAAGAUUCCAGAAGGUGGGUGUCUUCAUUUUCUAUUUUCAAUGCACUCUAAGAUGACCUGCUUACAGGUUCUCUGAGGCACACCUCAGUUGUUCUUGUGCUAACUUAACUUUGCUUUGAUACAAAUUAAAGCUCAUUAAUUUUCCUAAUGAUGUAGAGUUGUCAAAAUGUUCAGAUCUCAAACCACUUACAAAUGGACAUUUUGGUGGAGUAAACAUAUUUUUAAAUAGAUUUCAAUUUACAUUGAAAUAUCUGAAGGCACCUCUAAUUUGGGUGAUGAUAGAGGUACAGAUUUCAAGGUUUAAUUGUUAAACCAGUGGGUGAAAUACUGUGAGGAACCCAGAAGUGAGUGGAAAGAUAACUGGCUUUUUUUUUUUUUUUAAACUUUCCAAGGAAGGAAGGUCAAAUUGGUUUAAUUGCAUCCUACAGGCUUAUGUAAAUGAGCUUAAAAAGGGCAUUUUCUAUUUCAUAAUAGCUUUAAGUGGUUACAGUAAAAUCUUGAAUUGUGAGUGAAUUUUACUGCAUUCUUAGGAUCCUUAUUCUUGUAAUCUUGCCCAUAAAAAGCAAAAUGAUAUGUAUAUUGUGUUUUGAAAAGUAUAAAACAUUCUUAAAUGUAUACAGUGUCAAGAUUGACUUAAACUAAAUUGUUAAUGGAAAAUUUUUUUAGGACAAUUACUAUUUCUUGAUUGUGAACAUGCUGUAACAUAACCUAUAGCCUAUAAAUCACUAUAAUACGAGUUGGUCUGUUAUGUGAAUGGAAGUUAAACUUGAAUUUUUUAAAAGUUCAGGCUUGGUUUUCUACUUACCAGCAAGUCCUGUUUCUUCUUUCAAGCUGUAGCUGUCUCAGGAGAUGAUUGCAAAUUCUUCCUCUUAAUCCUGUCUCUCAAUUAACUAUCUUCAGUUAACAUGAAGCAAAGGUUGGGGUGUUAAGUCUGGAACUCAGGAAUUGUUUUCCCUAAAGUAUGAUUUUUGUACCUUUGUACAGUGGUAAAAAUACAUUAACAAAAGAAUAAACAUUUUAACCGUAGAAGAAAGUAUAUAUUGGUUGGUAUUUAAACCAGCAUGUAAUGGUACAUUUUCCCUCCUCAGGAGAAAAAAAAGCAAGAGCAGAAGUCGUAGUCAUGAGAGAAAAAGAAGCAAAAGUAAAGAACGGAAAAGAAGUAGAGAUAGAGAAAGGAAAAAGAGCAAAAGUCGAGAGCGGAAACGAAGUAGAAGCAAAGAAAGGAGACGAAGCCGCUCACGCAGUCGGGAUAGAAGAUUCCGAGGCCGCUACAGAAGUCCCUAGAGCUGAGGACCAAACCAAGGCUUUUUGCUUGCUGGGCAAGCACAAUAGCACUGAGCUAAAUCCCCAACCCCCAUGAGACUAUUUUUAAUUCUGAGUUAUAUAUUAGAAAUUUUUUUGUUCCUUUCCUCAAGAUUUACAGUCUUUAAGAUUCUCCGGACCAAAAUUUAACAGUGCCAUCCGAGGAAAGAUUGGAUUGCCUCAUAGCAUCAAAUUAAGCAGAAGACGUUCCCGAAGCAAAAGUCCAUUUAGGAAAGACAAGAGCCCUGUGAGGGAACCUAUUGAUAAUCUCACUCCUGAGGAAAGGGAUGCAAGGACUGUUUUCUGCAUGCAACUGGCAGCAAGAAUUCGACCGAGAGAUUUGGAAGAGUUUUUCUCUACAGUUGGAAAGGUUCGAGAUGUGAGAAUGAUUUCUGAUAGAAAUUCAAGACGUUCCAAAGGAAUUGCAUAUGUGGAAUUUGUUGAUGUCAGUUCAGUGCCUCUAGCAAUUGGAUUAACUGGCCAACGAGUUUUAGGAGUGCCAAUCAUAGUUCAGGCAUCACAGGCAGAAAAAAACAGAGCUGCUGCAAUGGCAAACAAUUUACAAAAGGGAAGUGCUGGACCUAUGAGGCUCUAUGUAGGCUCAUUACACUUUAACAUAACUGAAGACAUGCUUCGGGGGAUCUUUGAACCUUUUGGAAGGAUUGAAAGUAUUCAGCUCAUGAUGGAUAGUGAAACUGGCCGAUCUAAGGGAUAUGGAUUUAUUACAUUUUCUGACUCAGAAUGUGCCAAAAAGGCUUUGGAACAACUGAAUGGAUUUGAGUUAGCUGGGAGACCAAUGAAAGUUGGUCACGUUACUGAACGAACUGAUGCUUCGAGUGCUAGUUCAUUUUUGGACAGUGACGAACUAGAAAGGACUGGAAUUGACUUGGGAACAACUGGACGUCUUCAGUUAAUGGCAAGACUUGCGGAGGGUACCGGUUUGCAGAUUCCACCUGCCGCACAACAAGCAUUACAAAUGAGUGGCUCUCUGGCAUUUGGUGCUGUGGCAGAAUUCUCUUUUGUUAUAGAUUUGCAAACACGACUUUCCCAACAGACCGAAGCCUCAGCUUUAGCUGCAGCUGCGUCUGUUCAACCUCUUGCAACACAGUGUUUCCAACUUUCUAACAUGUUUAAUCCUCAAACAGAAGAAGAAGUUGGAUGGGAUACAGAGAUUAAAGAUGAUGUCAUUGAAGAAUGUAAUAAACAUGGAGGAGUCAUUCAUAUUUAUGUUGAUAAAAAUUCAGCUCAGGGCAAUGUGUAUGUGAAGUGCCCAUCUAUUGCUGCGGCUAUUGCUGCUGUCAAUGCAUUGCAUGGCAGAUGGUUUGCUGGUAAAAUGAUAACAGCAGCGUAUGUACCUCUUCCAACUUACCACAACCUCUUUCCUGAUUCUAUGACAGCAACACAACUACUGGUUCCAAGUAGACGAUGAAGGAAGAUACAGUCCCUUAUGUAUAUAGCUUUUUUUUCUCUUGAGAAUUCAUCUUGAGUUAUCUUUUAUUUAGAUAAAAUAAAGAGGCAAGGGUCUACUGUCAUUUGUAUACAACUCCUGUUACCUUGAAAAAUAAAAAUGUUAACAGGAAUGCAGUGUGCUCAUUAUCCCUAACUAGCAAAUCCUACUUUAUGCAAAGCUGUUCUCUUGUUCUGCUGUUUUAAAUGUCCAUGUAGAAAAUGACAUUAAGGAUCUAUAGAAUAGCUCUAGGGGAACAAAUGUGCUUUCUGUAUAAAGGCAGACAGGUCACGUUUUAAUGUUUCAGAAACCUAACUUUUUACACAGCAGUUACAAUUCACAUUCAUGUAUUUGGCUCAUGGUUCAGCAAAGGUUUCCAGAAUCCACAUUUAGUGUGUGAAAAGUCUAAGUGGCUGUAUGGCUGCUUGGCAUUUGAUCUUGAUUAUUUGGCAAGAAUGGGAUUUCAAAAUAAUAUUUCUCGAUGGUAAUUUUUUCAAUUAAUGUCUCUGUAAAAGUUUCUUUGUAAAUACUGUAUGUUUUAGUGUGUCUUGAGAUUCCAAACAAAAUGAUCCCUGCAUUUCCUCAAGGUGGCUGACGUAACAGAUUGAGUAAGCAGUCUUGGGCAAGAGAUGGGAAAUGCAGAAAAAGGUUUUGUCUGGUUGCAUAUAAUCUUUGCUCUUUUUAAGCUCUGUGAGCUCUGAAAUAUAUUUUUGGGUUACUUCAGUGUGUUUGACAAGACAGCUUGAUAUUUCUAUCAAACAAAUGACUUUCAUAUUGCAACAAUCUUUGUAAGAACCACUCAAAUAAAAUUCUCUGAAAAAGGCCACAAGAAAA